AUGUUCAUUCUUACGAAAAUUUCUGAUCUCGUGCAGAUUGCGCCAGAAGAUUUUUCUAAACGCAGUAUCAUCGCCAUUGAAGACAACAUCAACGCCAAAUACGCCAAUAAGGUUAUUCAAAAAAUCGGCUUAUGUAUAUGCCUUUAUGAUAUUCUCUGGACGUCAGAGGGACUCAUCGGCCAUGGAACCGGACUGGUCAACGUAAAUGGUAUCGAGUUCCGCAUGAUUGUCUUUCGCCCAUUCAAAGGCGAGGUCAUCAUUGGCCGUAUACGCAGCUCCACACCCGCCGGCAUCAACGUACGGACAGAUUUCUUCGACGACAUCUUUGUACCGUUCGAAGAGCUACCUGCUGGUGCUGAAUAUAAUCACUCUGAACAGCUUUGGAUAUGGAACAUUGACGAGGAAGAGAGGCUCUUUUAUGAUACCCACGAGAUGGUGCGUCUGCAGGUCGUUGACGAGGAGUGGCAUGACCAGACCCCUAUUGGCCCUACGCAAGCCGAAGAUUCGCCCAUCAAGACACCCUACCGCAUCAAGGGUAGCAUGUUUAAAGAAGGUCUCGGCGUCUGUUUGUGGUGGGAUAGCGCAUAG